AUGGAAGGCGACGGCGUCCAGAUCUUGUCCCGGCGCAUGGUCAAGCCGGAGCGCCACGCGAGCUCGCGGCCGCCGGAGCCCGAGACCGUCCGCCUUACGCCAUGGGACCUGCCGCGGGUCACCGUGGAGUACCUGCAGAAGGGCGUCGUCCUGCCCAAGCCUCCGGCCGGUGGCGCGCACGCCGUCGAACACCUCGCGUCGUCCUUUUCUCGCGCUCUGGCCCGCUUCUACGCCCUCACCGGCCGCUUCGCCGUCUCGCCGGUGGCCAGCGCCGACGCUCGGCCGGGCCUGACGAUCUCGAUCAGCUGCGGCGACGAAGGAGCAGAGUUCGUCCACGCCGUGGCGCCCGGGGUCGCCGUUGCCGACAUCUCCGGCCCGCUCCGCGUCAUCCCGCGCGUGGUCUGGUCCUUCUUCCCUCUCAACGGGAUGCUCGGCGUGGACGCCGCUGUGGACCCCAGCCUGCCGCUCCUGGCCGCGCAGGUCACCGAGCUCGCCGACGGCGUCUUCGUCGCCAUGUCGCUCAAUCACUGCGCCGCCGACGGGGAAACGUUGUGGGACCUUUUCAACGCGUGGUCGGAGAUCAGCCGAAGCGGCGGCGCCACCGGCGGAGAAGAUAUCCCCACGGUGCCCAAGAGGUGGUUCCUCGACGGCUGCCCCGUGCCGAUCCCUCUCCCCUUCGCCAAGGUGGAGGACAUGGCCAGGCCGUUCGAGCGCCCGCCGCUGCAGGAGUGCUCGCUCCGUUUCUCUCCGGAGAGCGUGAAGAAGCUGACGGCGAAAGCGAACGCCGAGACGGUGGCCGGCGGUGGCACCGCCACCAUCUCCUCGCUGCAGGCCGUGGCCGCGCACGUGUGGCGGGCCGCGUGUCGUGCCCGUGCGCUCGCACCGGACCAGGAGACGACGUGCUCGCUCGCCGUCGGAUGCCGGACACAUGUGAAGGGCAUGCCGCAGGGCUACGUGGGCAACGCGGCCGCGGGCGCCGUCGGCAAGGCUGCCGCCGGCGAUAUCCUGGGAGACGGGCGGCUGGGCCGAGCGGCGUGGCUCCUGAACCGGGCGGUGGCCGCGGUGGACGAGGCGAGCGUGAGGGCCGAGCUCGCGGCGUGGCCUGCAAACCCCAGCUUCAAGUACUUGGCCGACUUCAGCCGCGCGGCGAUGGUGGCCAGCGGCUCGCCGGUGCUCGACGUGUACGGCAACGACUUCGGGUGGGGCCUGCCGGUGGCCGUCCGGAGCGGCGCCGGGAACAAGGUGGACGGGUUGGUCUCGGUGUACGAGGGCAGGGAUGACGGCGGGGGGAGAGGCGGCAUGGAGCUGGAGGUGUGCCUCGCUCCUGGCGCGCUCGCCAGGCUCGUCGCCGACCAAGAGCUGAUGGUCGCGUCAGCACAGUAGGUUGGUGCACCCGGGCAUGAAUUGCAGCAGUCAAACCGUAAUGCUUGUGAGCUGGUGAUCCCCAUGCCUCAGUCCUACUCCAGUGUCUGACUGCCAACAAUGUUGCCACAAGAUGGACCUUAAACAGCCAGCAUCCGUCUGUACCUUUCGGAUCCAUUUUACCGUGCAACGUGGUACCCUAUCAAUCCACAGCAGUUGGAGGGGGGCUUCGUGAGAGUUUGGACGGCCGCCACGUAGAACUCCGACACUUUUAGCCCACUCAAAUCCUUCAGCAUGUUCAUUUUUCUUCCACUCUGUCUCUGCUCCUGUAUCCGCAUCCUACUCGUCCGUCGUUGCCAUUGUACCUCUCCAGCCGCCCACAAGGCAAUAUAGGACGUCCGCAGCCCCACUGAGGCCGCCGUCGUCCUUUAACCACGCCGCCAUUGACCCAAGAGCCCUCCGCAACUAUGUACCCUCCGCCCCCUUACAUGUAUUUUUUACCUAGACAACUUCUUUGGCUUCUCACUUGGGAAAAUAUCAUACGGAAACCAACAUUCAGUGAAAACCGGUGAAAAACCAUGAGAAAAAGAUGUUUAGAAGUUUCGAAAAAAUCUGGAAAAAAUACAGGAUGU